GUUUACCAGCCGUCGCUCCUGGGCCACCGGCUGCGGCUGCCUCCGCCCCUCACAGCGGCGCACUCUCAUUCACCGGGGUUCUUGUCCGCCAGCGUGCAGCCCCCGGCCGCCCGGGCUGGCUGGCUGGCGACGCUCGAUGAACUGCCUGAAAGAACCGCUCAGCCUGGAGCGUUUGGGAGCCGGGAAUAAGCUUUGCUCCACCUCCCCUUCGUCCUCUUCUUCCUCCUCCGCCUCCUCGUCUUGCCACCACCACCACCACCACCACCAUCACCACCACCACCAGCCGGCCCUGGUUAUGGCUUCAGCCCUGACGCCUGGCCAGCCGCGAUCGGCCCUGGAUUCUGCCAAGCAUCGGCUGGAGGUUCACACCAUCUCCGACACCUCCAGCCCCGAGGCCGCAGAUUGCGAACAGGCCACCUUCCAGCGGAACCGCUACCCGGACAUGUCGACGCGGGAGGAGAUCGCCGUCUGGACCAACCUCACCGAGGCCAGAGUCAGGGUUUGGUUCAAGAACCGGCGGGCCAAGUGGCGGAAGCGGGAGCGGAACCAGCAGGCGGAACUCUGUAAGAACGGCUUCGGGCCGCAAUUCAACGGGCUGAUGCAGCCCUACGACGACAUGUACCCGGGCUACUCCUACAACAACUGGGCCGCCAAGGGGUUGACCUCCGCGUCGCUCUCCACCAAGAGCUUCCCCUUCUUCAACUCCAUGAACGUCAACCCGCUGUCCUCGCAGAGCAUGUUCUCGCCCCCCAACUCCAUCUCGUCCAUGAGCAUGUCUUCCAGCAUGGUGCCCUCCGCGGUCACCGGCGUGCCGGGCUCCGGCCUCAACAGCCUCAAUAACUUGAACAACCUGAGCAACCCUUCGCUCAACUCGGCCGUGCCCACGCCCGCCUGCCCCUAUGCCCCGCCAACCCCCCCUUACGUUUACCGGGACACGUGUAACUCUAGCUUGGCCAGCCUGAGACUCAAAGCCAAGCAGCACUCCAGCUUCGGCUACGCCAGCGUCCAGACCCCAGCCUCCAAUCUGAGCGCCUGCCAGUACGCCGUGGAUAGGCCGGUGUGAGAGAAAGGCCAGCCUCUUCGGCCGGGCUUCGGGGUGGCUGCGUUGGGGGGAGGGACGGGGGAGAAGGGCAGGCAAUCGCGC